GACAUAACUCACCACAUCUGGACGCUAGUGGGUGAGAAUAAGCUGUACCAAACUCCUCUGAAGAAUCGGAAAAGGAUUCUCGACGUGGGUACAGGUACUGGCAUCUGGGCCCUUGACGUUGCGGAUGCGCAUGAGGAGGCCGAGGUCAUUGGCGUGGACCUUAGCCCCAUCCAACCGAGUUGAGAAGCCCUGGACGUUCAAACAUCUGUUCGACUUUGUGUUUGUUCGCAGCAUGAUUGCAAGCUUUAAAGACUGGCCAGGUAUAUUCGAUGAAGCAUUUAAAAACAUCGAACCUGGAGGUUACAUUGAAGUUCAGGAUAAUGUAUACCCGCUCGCUAGCGACGACCACACGAUUAGAGACACCAAUAUCCUGCGAUGGUCAGAGCUCAUGGUUGAAGGCGCAGACAAACUUGGUCGCUCCAUCACCGUUGCCCGCGAUUUCAAGUCGAUGCUUGCAGACGCAGGUUUUGUCGACAUCGUGGAGAACAAAAAGCGGAUUCCUAUGAAUGGUUGGCCGAAAGAUUCACUAUACAAGGAACUAGGACAGUGGAGUCACUAUAUGCUCCGCCAUGGCAUUGAAGGAAUCUCGAUGGGAUUGUUGACGACAGUUUUGGGUUUGCCUGCUGAACAGGUACACGUCCUUCUGGCAGAUGUCAGAAAAGACCUCUCCAGUACUAGGAUUCAUGGCUAUUGGGAUACAUAUUUAGUAUAUGCAAGGAAGCCAGAGAACUCAGCUGGUUGAGGGCAGCUGAGGUAGUUAGAUCUCAAGUUAUAGCAUUCAGUUCUCGUUGGGGCAGUAGGUUUACCGUCACCAGUACUAUUAAGCUUGAUAGAGCUUGGCUUUGAAGUUGCCUUGACAGAGUUGGAGAAGUGCUAUUAUUGUUAAAAUUUGACUUGUUUCACUGGCUCUACUUGACUUCUUUGGGCUCAGAAAGCCGACUGUCGUCAUAUUUUAUUCGUUGUCGUUACAGUGCAGCAGCUAGGCGCAUAGCGAAGGAAGCCAGCAUCUGUCACACCAGCCAGGUAUCAAAGCAGCUUCGUUGAGUUGUUUGUUAGUAGGGCUGUAGUGCUGAAGGACACUAUUAAAGCGCUCGAGG